AUGGUCAAAAUUUCGUCGAUAGUUGGUCUUGCUACCUACGUUUUUUUGGCUGCGGCUUUGAUUACCCACGCGCUGGCUAUAUGGGGCUCUUCUUCGACAACUCUUCCAGGCAUCUACGUCGUGAAGUUGGGGAAACAAUUCAACGAGCACCAGGUUAACGUGACGCUGGGAUACGGUGGCAUUUGCUUGUACGCAGAGACUCAAGGAAAGCCUGAUGGAGGACACGUUAGCAAGUGUAAGAGCUUCAUCAGUUUCCCCGAUACCAGCGACAAUAGUUCCAUCAGCGACGAAGACCAGACGAAACAUCUCAGAGACCACUUCAUCGAUGAACUGGAACUCGAAAAUGAAGAUUUGAGCCCGAUUGAGAGUACCCUCGACGAGCUCCUCGUCGUGGCCAAGAGACUCAAAAACAAAGUGUUUCCCGUCAACUGGAUGAUAGCGGCGUUCGCCCUACUGGCCUUCUCCGGGGUCCUAGCAAUCAUCCCUCUCUUCUUCCACUCCGAAAAUAGGCGCACCGUCUCCAUGUUUCUCAUAGCGGCCACCGGCAUUUGUCUGGCCUUCGGCCUGCUGGCCCUCGGCGGGGCUGCCGCGGCCACCUGGAGCGCCCUGGCGGUGCUCUACACCGAGAAGCAGCUGGCGAAGACGCUGGAGCGGCAGCAAUGGGACAUAAGCUUCUAUGGCAGCAAGAGCCUGUUCCAAAUCACCGUGGCGACCAUCGUGCUCAACAUGGCGUUCGCCGUCUGCGUCGCCCUGGCGGCGGCGAUCCGGAACCACCGGAGGCGCGUGAAGGAGAAGAAACACGGCGGGGGUAGGGCGAGUAUCUUGCCGCCCAAGGCUUCGAAGAGAAUGGCCCAGGCAAAAAGGAAGUUUCGCUCGUGA